AUGAACAGCAAUCAGGCGCUGGUUAUGGAGGAGAUGGCAUUUUUUGCGCUACUGCUUCUUUGUUUGCUUAUUCAAGCUUGUAAUAGCAAUCACCUGAUACUCAUUGAUAGUUCUGAGAUAUUAUCUGCGCCCCGGGCGUCCUCCUGGGAUUUCGUGAUACAGAAUCCCUUCAAGGGUGUGAUCGAAGUGGCACCGUCUCCUGUGGACCAGUUUCAGUUGCUUAUCAAUGUUUCAUCCACACAUCAAUCACCCGAAAGAGUCGGUUAUCGUUUAAGACACACAGAUGACUCCAUUUACGUGGAACUGUUCUCACGAGCAGCAUCCACUUCCUUAUCCUCUUCCAGUGGAGAUGAGGAAAGAAUUUAUCUACAGCUUUUGUUCAUCACGGUCGCUUCUUUAGUGCUGGUCUCUUUUGUUGUUUCCAUUAUCUUCUCCUGCUGGUGGUUGCGAAGUCAAAGAUGUGAAGAUGCGGACCAAAUGACUAACGCUGUAUACUGUGUUGCUCUUCCCAGUGAGCCUAUACCCCCGAAAGAUAUCUCUGAUACUGCGCAAGCGGAUGUGGACACUUGCGAUGAACCGGAGCUGGUAGAGUUGCUACCCAGUGGCGCAGGUUCGCCACAAAAGCCAGUUGGAAGCAAUCAACCAACAGCUCAGCUGUACAUAUCUCCAACUGCUGCCUAUGCGACCAUCUCCAUGGCCUCCGAUCCUAGCUUGCUGCUAGGUGGUGCAUCAGCCGAUGGCCCCAUCAGCUAUCCUGUGCCUCGUUACGUAGUCUCCGGUGGUCUGGGAGCUAGUCUGACUCCGGCUCAGUCCAUCUUCAACGAACAUGCUGUGCUUGGUGCUCCGAUUAUCAUUCCUGCUGAGGCAGCAAGCUUCCUUCAAAGCACCGUCAAUGGACGCCAUCCCAGUCCUCCAUUGGCGUAUCUCAGUUUGGGCGGUAUACUGAAUCCAAUCUCCAAUCCAUCGUCAGUUGGUUUGGGCGCUUCCUCAUCUUCUGGCAUCGGAUCAAUACGUGGCGUAUGCCCGACUACAGUCCACAGUUCCUCACACACUUGCACUCUACCUGCAAAACGCCAUGUUGCGAUGGAGUUUUUGGACGAGAAUGUGGUUGCUACCAUGACAAGACCUCGUUCCAGGUGUCGUCAGACCAUCCUUCCAGAAGCCAUGCAUGCGGUCACCCGUACGGUUCAAUCUGCCAGUGCUUCGACUGCUGUCCUACCCCUUCAUCCACAAGUAUUGCUCAUUCCCGGAGACAAUUCAACGGAUUCUGUCGCUAAACACCCGUUGGGCCCUGCAGUUGCCACGGCCUUGAUUCCACGAGGCUCCGUAACUUCACCCGAAAAUGGUGUUACUUUAUGGUUUGUCCCCGUACAUAUGUUCUGUUGCUGUGCAAUUCCUCCUCGCAGUCUUCGUUUCACUACACUCACGCUGAUCACGUUUCUGUGGCUUCUUGUGGUCAUCGUGCUUGGUUCGCCUGAUGUCGUUCCAUCGGCAAAUUAUGCACACUCCGGCGCUUCGCAGGUUUUGCGUUGGAAUGUAAUUAAACCGUCCCCUCUGGCUUCAAAGCCCAAAUCCCAGGUGGCUGACGAUGCACCUGAGGUCCAUCUUACCGUCUGGAUACCUCAGGAUAUGAUUGCAAAAAUAAAGUCUGGACGUGCCUCACUAGAGGGUGAAAAGAAAGAUUUACCAAAAGGCGGUUUGACCGCUCCGGCUUCCAUUCAACUGUGGCUAAAUGCUUCGAGUCGCACGGAAAUUCGUCUUGCUUCGCAAAUCGAUCGGGCUAUCGUACAUAUUUACGAUGCGGUGAACGCCCAUCAAAACCUCGGCGCCCGAAUUUGCCGCCAGCGGUAUGCUUGCGAACAUUCUUGCGACCCAGGCGCCCGCCACGAUUGUAUUUGUCAGCGUGGUUACCGACCUGCAGGUCCAAAAGACCGAGAGCGUCUGCUGGCGCAAGGGAACCGUUUGGCCAAUGUGGACCUGGAGAACAUCAAAGGGCGUAUAUGUCUUGACUUGGAUGAGUGUGCGCACGCAGAGAUACGUGACCGCUGCAGUCGGAUGGGUGGCGUGUGCACCAAUCGUCCAGGUGAUUAUGCCUGCCUCUGUCCCUCUGGGCAGCCGUGUCUCGACUGCGAUGCCACUUGUCCGGUCGGGUUCUGGGCUCAAGGCGACUGUAGUCACAAUCGGUCAAUCGAAUGCAAGCCCUGUUCUGGGCCAUGCCCCACCGGAAUGUACGAAACAAAACCCUGUGGACCCCGUUCCGACAGGAUGUGUCAAGCCUGUCGACCGCUGUGUAUUUCAGAAGAGUUUGAGUUCGCCCCAUGCAAGGCAUCGAGCAAUCGCAUUUGCAAACGUAAAAACUUGAUUCCAGAGUUAACUGUGCCAUACAAGAAGAAUGUAUGGUUCGAAAAUCUGCUUCAAGUGAAAGAUGUCGUUUUCACUCUCGCACCCGAUGACCUAAGUCGGCUGCCUCUGAACAAAUCUGUGGUUCUGGAUCGCUCUUCUGGCUACCAGAUCCGUCUCGACUUCGACAGUCUCAAUUUGCUCCCCGUGCUUGGACCAGUGGACCACUCGAACGGCAACGAUAAUGCCUUGUUUUUGGCUUCCGCUAGAGCGCUAGAUCGUUCCAUCACCGAACCCGACACAUACCGAUGGUCCUCAUCAUCUUCCGGUCAUUACCAGGCCGUUCAUGCGUACGUAAUAAAAGCGAACAACACACUAUCUCGUCUGUGCCCCUACCCAGUCCCACCGCUGUACCGUCUUGGGGUUCGUGUUCAUCGGAAUGUGACCACCGCAACCGUUGCCGUCACAGAUCUCCCCGGUCAUCGCCCUGUGCUAGCUGCCUGUCGAACGUAUCGAACACAUGGAUACUUCCCUCCGGUUGAGGAUACUUCCGCAUUGCUUGGGAAACUCUCAACCACGUUUGUCACUGAAGACGACCGUGUUUACGGACACGCCCGUCCAGCGGAGCCCUUCACAAACCAAGACAUCACAGCUCCAGUCGUUGCCUGUUUGGAGCCUUCGAAGCUACCUGCCAUAUUCGGUCCACACUGGAACUCCCAGCUGGCUUCCUCUCGAUCCAUUUAUUACGAAGGAAAGCGAUUGUGA